AUGGCUCUGUCGCUCCGGCUGCGCCCUCACCCAUGGCCCCUGCCCCACCGAUACAGCUACACAGCACUUGCUCCGACUUCGACAAGCAGCCCAAAUGUGCCCGUGCUCAACGAGUCGACGCUGGUGACUCGCACUCCUGCCCGUGGUAAAACAGGCUCUGUUAGCAUUCACCGUGUCCAGUCCGCGACGGUGCCCGGUGUUGAGGAAUUUGUCGAGGCUGGUGGCGUGAGUGGCGGUGGCCGUGACAGUAUUCUGUACCCGCCACAGCGCGAGCCAUACACGCCAACGCAGAUGAAGCUCAGGACCCCCGUUCCUGCGCCGGUGUAUGAGCCGCGCCCGCCGAGCGUGAGGUCCAAACGGACAACGCAGUCACAGGCGUCGCUUCAGCACAAGGUGGCGUUCGACGAGUUCCAUGCAUCACGGGGUGUGCGUCUGUUGCGUGGUAGCCUUGGACCCGUGAACAAUGUUCCAAUGAUGCUCAAGGCUGGUUACCGCCAUGUAUAUGUGAGCCGCAGCUUCGCUUUGGACCACGGCUUCAUCCCUGUCGACACUACGCCCGGCACGUACGGUUACAACGGUAUCACGAACCUGGGCAAGUGGCCCGUGCAAGUUGGCAGUAAGGCCGUGCCCCUAACUGUAAUGCUAGCAGAGGACAGCUACUUCCCAGUGAUCCUGGGUCGCUCAUUUAUGGAGAAGCGUGGUGUCCGUACGGAUCCUAUUGAUAUGACCUCAGUCAUUUUCAUGGACAAUGGUGAGCGUGCUGAUGUCGAAGUCGUUGUUGUUCGUGACGAGCUUGGUAACCCCGUUGCAAUUCCCUAA